UGCCCAUCGAUAGCAUUUGGUAUGUUUGCUCAUUGUGGAGACUGUUCCAAGUUUGUGAUGUGUAUCGGUCAGCGGCUUGUACCGAUUGAUUGUCCAGCUGGAUUGGUUUUCGAUCCUUCAAUAAAUGUGUGUAAUUAUCAAAGCCAAGCAAAUUGC